UUUCAGCAUAUUACUUCACGCAUCAUACUUUCACAAUCUAGUUUUUUGAUUUUUUUGAUUGUAUGAUGCAGGGAGCCUGGACCGAUGAAAAAACAAAUUCUACUCAACCCUGCAAUGAUCUUGUGCUCUAUGUUGGAGGUUCUGUUAGGGGUAUAGAUUGGUGUCCCACAUCAUCUAAGGACUCCGAGUGUCUUUUCCAAAGUGAGUUCAUUGCCAUUGCUGCUCAUCCUCCUCAAUCUCCAUAUCACAAACUUGGUACUCCACUCACGGGUAGGGGUGCUGUUCAGAUAUGGUGUUUAUUGAAUUAUAAACCAAAAGAUGUGAAGGGUGAAGGAAAUCAAAUCAAAUCAUCCAACAGUCCAAUAAAGCUAAGAGGAAGACCCAAGAAGAAGCUGCCAAAUGUGUCACUAGAUGAUAAGCAUGGUGACAAUGAAAAUGUGCAACCUCUUGUUACUGAAUACCCUGGAGAAACAUCCACAUUUCACAAUACGAUGAGUGCGUCUUGUGAAAACAUUAACAAAUUCCAUGGAGAUAACUGACCAUAGGCAAUUACCGUUGAAAGGUGUAAGUGCUUCAAAUUAAAACAAAGAUAGACUAUUCCAAAGGAUGUUGCAUUACCUAGAAUGGUGUUAUGUUUGGCUCACAGUGGGAAAGUUGCAUGGGACAUAAAGUGGCGACCAAAUUAAAAGGUUUUUCUUCAUCCGAAUCUAGACAGAGAAUGGGGUAUCUUGCUGUUUUGCUUGGAAGUGGAGCUUUAGAAGUGUGAGUAUAUUGUCGUGGAUUAUUUUUUUUUUGU